GUCACACGUUGGUAAAACCACGACCACACCGCCCGUCGAGGGGUUGCAAGUACCCGGCGGCCCACGCAGACCGAACUCAAGCUUUGAUUGCAGUAUACUCGAGCCCAAGACUUGAUUUUAGGUUAUAAUUCUCAUCCAUUUUUAUCAUGAGCAUUCACAAUCUUCAAACGAGUUCAUGGAAGGAUUUUACUGAGCUUUCUUCGGUUUAUGCACCUCGAGCCAAGCAGACUUUCGUCGAUGGUGCGUCUUGGGUUGUCCAGAGAAAGCCAAGGCUAUCCAUACAAUGUGCCGUCAAGUUUCGUCCUUGCAUUGACAUACAUAAGGGGAAAGUGAAACAGAUUGUUGGAUCCACUCUUCGAGAUUCUAAAGAGGGAGAUUCAAGUCUUAUCACUAACUACGAAUCUGAUAUUUCAGCUGCAGAAUAUGCUAAAAUGUAUAAGGACGAUGGGCUUACUGGUGGCCAUGUGAUCAUGCUUGGGGCUGAUCCAUUGAGCAAAGCAGCAGCAGUUGAAGCAUUACAUGCUUAUCCAGGUGGUUUGCAAGUUGGGGGUGGGAUCAAUACAAGCAAUGCCUUGACUUACAUAGAAGAAGGAGCAAGCCAUGUUAUUGUUACAUCUUAUGUAUUCAGUGAUGGACAAGUUGAUUUUGAAAGGCUAAAGGAACUUGCUCAUGCUGUUGGGAAAGAAAGACUUGUGUUGGAUCUCAGUUGUAGAAAGAAGGAUGGGAGAUACGCAGUUGUGACAGAUAGAUGGCAGAAGUUCACUGAUGUAUUUCUUGAUCAAGAGGUGUUAAAUUUUCUUGCGGGGCACGCUGAUGAAUUUCUUGUCCAUGGAGUAGACGUUGAAGGCAAAAAGUUGGGAAUUGAUGAAGAGCUCGUGGAAUUGCUUGGCGAGCAUUCACCAAUUCCGGUGACCUAUGCUGGUGGAGUGACGACUAUGGCUGAUUUAGAGAAGAUAAAAACAGCAGGAAAGGGCCGUGUAGAUGUCACCGUUGGCAGUGCAUUAAACAUAUUUGGCGGUAAUUUACCUUACAAGGAUGUAGUCACCUGGCAUUCUCAGCAAGAGUCGUUGGUUGUUUAAAGUUAACCUGCCUCUACAAAUUAUUGGUAUUCGAUUGUGAUCAUUAUGUAACCGCAAAACAGUAGUACAAUAUACUGUUGAGAACUAAAUAGGCCGGCCGACGCCUUGGUUAUUUAAAAUCACACUAGUGGAAAUUUUCGGAAUUGAAUACGUUACUGGAUGUGGGUUUUUGACUAUUUCUGCA